CCAACAUCAUGCAGAUAGUGUCAUUGAGGUCUACCCAACUGGUGGCAUUGGGUCCACCGUGAACUUGCUAAUGGACUCUAGAGCCCAAAUAAAAGAUUUCUCCUAUUGUCUCACAUCGGAUCUCGACCUUCUUGUCCGCAUUAAAAUUUCGUCCUUGGAGGGAUGUCCCCCUCAAAGAGACUUUGCUGAAGUAUUGAACGACCCGCAUCUACGAUGCAGAGCUACUUCCCGCUCGAGUGAGCUCCCAGAUCUCUACGUGACUUGUCAACUGUUCUCCGAUAAUAAGUCUAUAACCCUGCCCAUUCGUACUGCAUAUCACUCGUUUCACACACACUGGACAUGGAACGAAUGGAUAGUAAUACCAUUGAAAUAUCGAGAUUUACCUUUGGGCGCGCAGUUGGCACUGACCGUAUGGGAAGCAUACGCCCCGAGAAAGGCUGUCCCAUUGGGGGGCACGACAUUUCGUCUAUUUGGAAAAAACAAUACUGUUAAACAAGGCAAACAUAAAUUAUUUAUAUGGCCGUGGAAGGAGGCUGACGGUCAAGUUAUGACCUCGACUCCAAGUAAAGUUGAUACCGCCAGUGAUAUGGAUCGCUUGGAGAAGUUGAUGCGCCGUUAUGAACGUGGCGACAUGACCAGAGUCGACUGGUUAGAUCGAUUGGCGUUCCGAGAAAUCGAAAGAAUAAACAAAAUGGAAGGGACGCACACGAAGCAUCUAUUUCUCUACGUUGACUUGCCACAAUUCGAUUUUCCACUCGUAUUCAACGAGAAGGAAUAUCGACUUGCAGCACCGCCACCACCUCCAGUUGAGUCCAAUCUACAAAUAGUGGCAGACCCAGAGGCCGCUAGGGACAAUCCUGUAGAGAACAAGCAUCGUAAACUAGCCCGAAGCCAUCGAAAUGGGCCCUUGGACAGAGAUCUCAAACCCAAUGCCAAAAUCCGAGAUGAAUUAAACAAAAUACUGCGAUAUCCACCAACACAGAACUUGACGAGCGAAGAAAAAGAUCUACUGUGGAAAUUCAGAUUUUAUCUUACCCGGGACAAAAAGGCGUUAACCAAGUUCCUCAAAUGUGUCGUAUGGACGGAUAACGUCGAAGUGAAGCAAGCUGUCGAUCUACUACAUGUGUGGGUUGACAUUGACGUCGAGGAUGCGCUGGAGCUACUGGGACCCACCUUUGAGAAUCUGAGCGUCCGCGGAUACGCAGUGAUGCAGCUCCAGAAAGCAGACGAUGAGGACCUGCAACUUUUUCUAUUGCAGCUUGUGCAGGCUCUUAAGUUCGAAGGCAUUGGAGAUAAAAAUGUGCUGCAAAACUCUCCUUUAGCGGACUUCCUGAUCGACAGAGCAAUCAAGAAUCCGAUCCUAGGAAAUUAUUUUCAUUGGUACUUAAUGGUAGAGUGCGAGGACAAACAAUGGGGAAAGAUGUUUGCCAAGGUGGCUUUUCAAUUCAUGAAGAUCAUGGUCGAGGUUCCCGAAGGAGUACAUCGACGAGACAUCUUAAAACGGCAGGCAGAGCUAGUAAAAACAUUAUCUGAGCUUUCCAAGGCAGCUCGAUCAAAAGACCCGCGACCAAAGAAGGUUGAAUUGCUCCGCCACUUUGUAGCGGAUCCAAAGAAGGGUUUAUUGUCGUUUCCGCCUCUCCCACUUCCAUUGGAUGCACAGGUCCAGGUUACUGGACUGAUUCCUGAGAAAGCGAAUAUUUUCAAAAGCGCAUUGUUCCCCUUAAAGCUAGCAUUUUCAUGCUUGGAUGGGUCGGAGUACACGAUUAUCUUCAAAACGGGCGACGAUUUGCGGCAGGAUCAACUGGUUGUGCAGAUUAUCACGUUGAUGGACAAGCUCCUUCGUAAAGAGAACCUGGACUUGAAGUUGACGCCCUAUAGGGUGCUGGCCACAGGAUCUGAUCAUGGCAUGGUCCAGUUCAUUCCUUCCUAUCCUUUAGCCACAAUAUUGGCUGAACAUAGCAGUCUCCUGGCGUAUCUCAGAGAGCACAAUAGCGCAGACGGUACCAAACCAACCAGUAUUCCGGCUGUUGUGAUGGAUACGUAUAUUCGCAGCACAUCUGGCUACUGCGUGAUCACGUAUUUGCUGGGGAUUGGCGAUCGGCACUUGGAUAACGUACUUCUCACUACUGCAGGGCACCUCUUCCAUAUUGAUUUCGGGUUCAUCCUUGGACGCGACCCAAAGCCUUUCCCGCCGCCCAUGAAAUUGUCCAGAGAAAUGGUUGAGGCUAUGGGAGGCGCUUCCUCACAGGCAUAUCAGAAAUUCAAGUCCUACUGUUUCAUUGCGUUCAACAGCUUGCGCAAGAACGCAAACUUGAUAUUGAAUCUGUUCUCACUCAUGGUCAAUGCGAAUGUGCCCGAUAUUGCCAUAGAACCUGAUAAAGCAGUGCUUAAGGUUCAAGAAAGAUUUAGGUUGGAUUUAUCGGAUGAGGAGGCUAUACAAUAUUUUCAAGGAUUGAUCAACGAAAGCAUCGGGGCGGUUUUCCCGCAAGUGAUGGAGAAAAUUCAUCAGGUUGCACAACUUCUGCGCAGUUAAAUCCAGUGUUUAGACACUAGCUAGUGAAGAUUGGUUAGUUCAUAGCAAAGUAUAAUGUGUGGGUAUGAUAUAGAAAUUAAUGUAAACAUGUACAUUUCAACGUG